UCCAGGAGCCUUUCCUUGGUGAUUUUGUGAAUAAUUUGGAGAUUUUGGAGUCAGAGCGAGUUUUUUUUGCAGGAAUACAGAUUUUUAUUGAAGAAGAAGAGACUAAGAAGACAAUAUGAUAAAUAUCAACAUGGAUAAGAAGAGAAGAAGAAGCAGAAGUCCAGAGAAGACCUCAACUGAAAGAAGAGAUAAGAAGAGGUAUCGAGUGGAGGCCACAACACCGCCGGCCCUCGAUAUCAAUAAUUAUCAGCUGAUAAAAAAGCUGGGAGAAGGCUCUUUUGGCAAGGUGAUGUUGGCUUCUUAUACCAUCAAGAAGCAACACGUUGCCUUAAAGCUUAUAGAGAAGGAAGAGGAGACGAACCACAAAGACAUCAGGAUGGAAGCUGCGAUACUGCGGUUAGGAAGGAUAUGUCCGUUUCUUAUACGGGCAUAUGCAACCUUCCAAACUGAGUCACUCGUAGUAUAUGCGAUGGAGUAUGCCAGAGGCGGAACGCUGCACCAGCUUAUAGAGCGUCAGCAAUAUUUCACCAGUCUGGAAGUGCAGUUUUAUUCAGCGGAAAUAUUCCUUGGAUUACAGUACCUGCAAAAGUAUGGGAUUGUUCAUCGAGACCUUGAUACAGAAAACAUCUUGCUGAAUGAAGAGGGCCACGUGAAGAUCGCCGAUUUUGGCCUAGCAUGUACUAACCAGUUAGGCUCAAAGGCCUAUCAUGGUAUAGUUGGAGCAUCAGGAUAUAUGGCCCCUGAGGUUUUGGCAGACACUGCAUAUGAUGCAUCGGCAGACUGGUGGUCAUUCGGUGUUGUUGUUUAUGAAAUGGCCACCGGCAUGCUGCCCUUUUCACCAGCUGGAACCUCUCAAGAACAACUAGACAACAUCAUGAGCAGGGAGCCAUAUUAUCCUAAACAUGUUAGGCCAAAAUUGCGCGACUUCAUACAACAGCUUUUGAAGAAGAAGGCCGAACAUCGCCUUGGAGUGUGCGCCAAUGUCCAGGACCACCCUUUUUUCUCUUCAGUUAAUUGGAAGAAUUUAAAAAAACAAAGAUUGGUGCCCCCUCUAACACCAACGAUUAAACCAAUUGAUGGGCUCAGCAACAUUCCCUUUCCAGAAUACAACAUCACUGGGACUUGCAUGAUCAAGGACCUCACCUACAUAGAUCCAAUUUGGCUGGACAAAUAAUUCAUCUUUGUUCCACCAGCAAGGUAGAGGUUUGAGAUUGAUUCCCAUCAAAUGACCAUUCAAAAGCUGUGCAGCCAUUCCACCAUAAUAUCCGCUAACACCUGGCUUACUCCUCCAUCCUUUGAUAUCAGGAAGGUUCUCAACACAUGUACCAACUGACCUAAUAAGUGCAGGUUUGUAGCACAGUGGGAUAGGUAAGUAACACCACCAGAGAAAGUACUUCUAAAGAUCCUAUGCCCAGACAUAUAUCAUCUGGGAUACUGUCAUCUAAGUACUUACUGGUGGUUAUUUUGUUCUUGUUCUAAGUUUGAAAAAAAAAAAAAAAAAAAAAAAAAAAUUCCCUCCUUCCCGUGUUAAUGCUAACCAGUUACUGUUUUACCUUUCUUUCCCUUUCCUUUCUUUUCCUUCCCCAGUUCUCAUAGCCUGUGCUGUCAACAGAGAGGAGGGUCGGGGUGGGCCUAGCUGGUGGCAUGUGACUAGUUAAUCUUCAAUCUUGCAAGAAAGUCACAAGCCACCACGGUACCCUCUGUUGUCACUUUAAUCUAUACCAACAAUAUUAGGAUAACCUUAUCAGUAACAAU